AUGCCUCCAAAGGGCAAGCGACAUACCCGAACGCGCAGCCAACUGGUGGACAGGGUCAAUAAGCUACCUCCUCUAGUGUCCAUUUUUCUCGGUAUCAUUAUUGGGCUCUGUAUCGCGCGACUAUGGUAUGGGGAGCCAUCUAAAUCUCGCUCGUGGUCCCCCACUACGUCCCGUUUCUCUCAAUCAAGAUUGCGCCGAACGGAAUAUAUUCCUUUACCAAAUCCCAAGCAACGUCGUCGGAUCCUCGAGCUCUUGACACAUUUGGGCCCGCAUUAUACUCGUGAAUGCACGCGAUCCGCUCAGCCGCUGUAUGUUACGCAGGCUCGUGCGCGGUACGCUCCCCUCCGUGGUCUUGUUGGGACCAAGGCCCAAUCUUCCUCCUGGUUCAAAUACUGGCGUUCAACUGAUGACCUGGGAUCUGAUAAACUUGAUGAAGAUGCUGCACCGGACCACGCCUUUCAAAAGAGAGGCGUCGAGUACCCGCCGCAACACAAGUACUUCAUCGCGAUCAAUCUUUACAACUCCUUUGACAUUAUACCAGAUGCUUUUGCAACCCUGUUCCGCGUUGCGGCUAUUCUCGGUUACGAAAACGUCUUUGUAUCCAUAUAUGAGAACGGCUCAACUGAUCAGACCAAGGCUCUCUUGCGUACAUUCGAAUCAUUAACUAAAACGGUAGGAAUGCGAGUCGUCAUUCGUGCCAGCAUGCGCACAAGAGGCCAAUUCAAUCAUCGUAUCGAAUACCUAGCGGAGGUUCGGAAUGCAGCUUUACGUCCUCUUCACGAAUUACGCGACGCCGAGGGGGAGAUCUUUGAUACCAUUAUUUUCAUGAAUGACGUUCUUCCAUGUGUCGAUGACAUUUUGGAACUUAUUUGGCAAAGUCGCCGUCAGAACGCAGCUAUCACCUGUGCUGCAGAUUACAUGUUCCACGAACAGAUCGGCGCUCCCGUAUUCUAUGAUAACUGGGUUGCACGCGAUAUCAACGGCACCGCCCUCGAGAACGCUCCUUUUGAACGUGUUUUCCGCGACCCAGAGUCUUCGCUUCGCUUCCAGCGCCAUCUUCCGAUCCAAGUUCAGUCUUGCUGGAACGGCGUCGCGGUGCUGGACCCGGCGCCGCUCUAUGCUAUCCCCCCUGUGAAGUUCAGAAUGGCAAACAUUGCCGAGGGUGAAUGUUCGGCUAGUGAAUGUAGUCUUAUUGGGAAUGACUAUUGGAACGCUGGCUACGGAAGGAUAAUCACCGUUCCUCGAGUGAAACUUGCUUAUGAUCAGAGAGUUUAUGAUAUUAUACACCCUCCUCGACGCAAUCUGAGUGUUAUUCGGGGCUUUAGUCGCAUGGGUGGUCUUCCGGACGAUCCACGGUCAGAUCCUCAGGAUCGCUCAUGGUAUGGGCCACAUGACAGACUGUUCGUGUCUGAGGAAAGCGAGCCUCUUGACUUUGAACCUGGUCCGCGACAUGUUUGGUGCUGGGGAUGGGAUGGAGCUGGUGAUUUGGAUGGUCCUGAUGUUGAACCCAUUUGGGAGAACAUGUCGGAACGUUCGUUGACGCAGGAAGCGGUCAGUAUCAAACAUGACAGGGGGCUGAGAAAAUAAAUUUCAAUAGACUCCUGGACAUACUUCCAAUACCCUUUUUAUUCAUUCCUCUUGUAACCCACGAUUGAGCUAGAUUAAUGUUCUGCCAUGGCUCAUUAAGUUUAUGACUGUUCUUGUCUCGUAGCUUGUGUGAGUUCUCGAUAUUCUGUGUUGGAAUCACUGAUGAUACCAGUGUGUUGCACCAGGUCCCACUGGUUUCAGAAACACCGGUUACGUUCCCAGGAGCGAAACGGCCAUUUCUGCAAGUACCAGGGUGGCAUUCAUCUAAACUGCAACGUUGCACGCACGGGAG